UUGGCGGUCCUCGGGGUCAGAAGGCCGAGAGGGCAGAGUCGGCAUUGAGGUGAUUGACAGAGAAGGCGCGGGAAGAGGCUUUGUCCCUAGUGACUAGAGGCGGUUCUAUAGUCGGGCACAUCGCCGCUUGCGGGGCCGGUCUGGAGACGUUGGUGCCCGGUCCCUUCGGGACGCUCGGCUGUCCCUUCUCUGCCCCGGCUUGUGGCUCAGGUGGCGGCGGCGGCGGCGGCGGCGCCGAGGGACCCGCCUCAGGUUUCCAUGGCUGCAGAAGUGCUUUUGGAACCUAAUCAGGGAAGUGUGACCUUUGAGGAUGUGGCCCUGUAUUUCUCCUGGGAGGAAUGGGCUCUCCUUGAUGAGGCUCAGCGAUGCCUGUACCACGAUGUGAUGCUGGAGAAUUUUGCGCUUACAUCUUCAUUGGGCUGUUGGCAUGGAGUAGAAGAUAAGGAAGCACCUUCUCAACAGAGCAUUUCUGUAGAUGCAGUUUCACAGAUCAGGACUCUCAAGGCAGGUUCAUCUCCCCAGAAGGCCCAGCCCUUUGAGAUGUGUGGCCCAAUCUUGGGAGAUACUUUGCACUUGCCUGAGCACCGGGGAACACAUCUUGGGCAGAAACCAUACACGUGUGGGAAUCAAUUCUAUUUCUCUGCGAACCUUCAACAGUAUCAAGGGCAGCACAUUGGAGAGAUACCUAUCAGAAGUUCUGUGGACAGAGCCUUGUUUAUAAAGAGCCACACAACCCAUCUGUCAGGGAAAUCCUUUUCCUAUAGAGAGAUAAGGAAAGACUUCUUAGCCAGCACGAGAUUUUUCCAUCAACCAGUCACUCACACUGAAGUGAACCCAAACAACAAUAAUGAGUGUGAGGCUGUCUUACACAGUGGAAAAAUGCAUCACAACUGGGGAGAAGACAGGAAAGCCUUCAGCUGCAGAGACACACUUGUUGAGGACCAAGGAGUCCACACUAGAGAAGGGCUUUAUAAUUGCAGCAAAUGUGGAAAAGCCUGUACCCAAAGAUGGAACCUCAUUGAGUACCAGAAAGUCCACUCUGGGGAAAGGCCUUAUAAAUGCCAUGAAUGUGGGAAGUCCUUUACCCAGAGCUACAGCCUCAAUAGCCAUAGGAAAGCUCACACUGGAGAAAAAUUUUAUGAAUACAGGGAAUGUGGAAAAUCUUUUAGUCAAAGAUCUAACCUCAUUCAGCAUCAGAGAGGUCACCCUGGAGAACGGCUUCAUCAGUGUGAUGAAUGUGGAAAAUCCUUUAGUCGAAGCUCCACUCUCAUUCACCACAGGAGACUUCAUACUGGAGAAAGACCUUAUGAGUGCAGUAAAUGUGGGAAAUCCUUUAAGCAAAGCUCCAGCCUCAGUUCACAUCGGAAAGUCCACACAGGAGAAAGGCCUUAUGAGUGUCAGGAGUGUGGAAAAUCAUUUAGCUGCAAAUCUAACCUCAUUAUCCACCUGAGAGUUCACACUGGAGAAAAGCCUUAUGAGUGUCAGGAAUGCGGAAAAUCCUUUAGCUGCAAAUCUAACCUCAUUAACCACCUGAGAGUUCACACUGGAGAAAGGCCUUAUGAUUGUAGAGAGUGUGGAAAAUCCUUUAGUCAAAGAUCCAUCCUCAUUCAACAUCAGAGAAUUCAUACUGGAGAAAGGCCUUAUGAAUGCCAUGAAUGUGGGAAAUCUUUUAGCCGAAAGUUUAGUCUCAUUUACCACCAGAGAGUUCACACUGGAGAACGACCUCAUCAGUGAAGAGAAAGUGGGAAAUCCUUUAGCUGCAAAUCUAACCUCGUUGAACACCUGAGAAUUCACACUGGAGAAAGGCCUUGUGAGUGUGGGGACUGUGGAAAAUCCUUUAGCCAAAGUUCCAGCCUCAUUCAACAUUAGAGAACUCACAGUGGAAGAUGUCUUACAAGUGCAGUGAAUGCAGGUAAUCUGUUAGCUGCUAAUCUGAUCUCAUUCAAUACCAGAGCCUUCAGACUAGUGAAGAGCCAUAGAUAUGCUGGGAUGUACAGUUUAUUUCUAGUAUAA